AUGAUUCGCGCGCAGGCAUCCACACAAACUCCGACAAAGAAUUUCCCGAACAAAAGUGUUUUAUCGACGAUACUUGCCGUUUCUGGAAUAGGUCUCAUAUUCGUCGGGUUAAUUGGCCUGUUUGUCUUCAUUAUUCGAGGGAAGUUGUUUUUGAUUAUUUUCAUUGUAUUCAAUUGUUUUGUGGCAAUUGGUGUGUUUGGAGUGGUCUCUUAUUUGUUAGUAGCAACGGUCAAAUUCGACUAUCUCGACACUGUCGCAAACAACAAUAUGAUCAGCAUUGAGUAUGAGAACAACUGUUGUGGGUGGAAAACAUUAAAAGUCAGUGGGUGUGGUGCAGCGACAUCCACACAUGAAACGUGUUACAGUCUUAUUGGUGUCGCUUAUGAGAUACCACUGAAGAAAACAUUCACCCUUAUAUUGUUCCAUUUCCUUGUUUUAAUCUUUUUAUUAGUUGAAACAUUCGAUGAACUCAAGUCAGUCAACACAACAGAAAACAAAGCAACCCUUUACUCAGAGCCUUUUAUUACCACAGAUGCCUAA